AUGGCUGUCAUUGCAUCAGAAGUUAUCUAUAUCAUAAAAUGCGUUCCAGCAGAAGUCAGGAUAAGACAAACAGAAGACUCUUAUAAGGAACUACCAAUAACAUAUCAAAACGAAUCUUAUUUUCUCACGUCUACGACACGAAUUAUUUUAAAAGAAGCAUCUCCAAAAGACUGUAACGAGUUGCUACCAAAUAUGUACAAUCUGCAUGGAACAUGGUACAGGGUGACACCAAAAAUGGCGGGAUCACCGCCAGUGAUCCAACCAUUAAUAAAGCCAAAAUGGAGGUAUAUCGAUCCAGAACACCUAGGAACGAGUGGAAUCUACUCCAAUGAAGAUCUAAAUAAAUUAAGAUCUGACAUAAUGGAGCCAACCAAAAAAUCUGCCGAUAUUAUCGAUACGCUCGCCGGUGGAAUCAGCGGAAGGUACAUACCCUCCGGAAAAAUUUCACUAUAUAACUUAAUGGACGAAGAAUCGUUAAAUAAAAUCGCAUCAAGUACGACACAACGGCUAUGGGGCGCGUUCAUCACAUUUGGGUCAGCAAGCGCCGGAGUUUUAGCAAUACGACUGGUAAAGUUCAUCAUCGACACACUCAUCCACGGUUAUGCUUUACAUGAUAUAUACGGAUGGAGCUUACAUUUCUUAGAAGCACUAUGGAGCUCGGUGACUCAUCUUCUUCUACACCUAGGAAAACGAGAAAAGAAGGAUGAAACGCCGACAAGUACGGUACCCGAGGCUACAAACAUCGACGAAGAAAAAGGAGAGUACGAUGCUGAUGAAAGAAAUAAAACAUUUUACGAAUUAAAUACUUACCUAAGAGAAAAGGGGACAUCUUACGUCGGAGGAAGAGGAGUCGAGGGUAGACUGGGCCGUACUGAAUAAUGAAGGACCAGCAAAGACCCCUUAUUUCUUGUGGCAGGCUGUUGGAAAACGCCAGGGAGCUUACUUUAGAUGCCGAAAACGCUAGGAAGAGAUCCAGCAAUAUUAAGGGGGAUAUUUUAGGAAAAAUGAAAUGUUCCCAUAAUAAAAUGCUGAAAAUAAUUCAAACCCUAAGGGAGAGGCUCCAAAUUGGAGCAGGUGUUCCUCCCUCAGCCAAGGAGGCUAUGGCGCAACUAAAAGCAGAGCUUAGGGCCAUGGAAUGUGUCUUGUUAAACAUUCCAACAAGCUAUUCCCGACCAAUGGGCAUUUAUUCUUUCCCUUUCUAUAGGUCAAACUCCGCCCUUUACCAAUCUCAUUUGAAUUUACGUGGAUAGUUCAAAAUAGGCCAAAAGACAAUCAAGUUACAUCAGGACGUCUAAGCUUUCAAGCUAUCAGUUCAGCUAACUACACAUCAUACACGAGGCACAAAAACAAUUGUAACUCAUCCAGUGAAAUACACGGUGAGAUUUACAUAUCGCAAUUACUUCUCCAUUUCUCACGGGAUCCUUUAAAAAACGCGCGUUCUUCCCUUAAUUUGCGGGAACACGGCAAAUGGUAUUUUGCUGAUGGCCUAGAACAGUAUCUUAGCCUUGUGCCGCCGCUCUUAUUCAUCGCGACCAGUGGGUCCAUAGGUCGGACAACAAGGAUAAGACGGGGAACAUUUCCUCCGUGCGAUUCGACUGUAAUCGCUGGUCCGGUGCGAGAAGCGCAUUUUCAAAAACGUUCUCGUCAAUAAUCAACAGGAAUCUACCUCAAAAUUCGGAAAUCGAUACACUGGCCCCCAUUAAAUUUUAAGAAUACUACUUCAAAGUAAUGUUAAGUUACAGAUAAAUGAAAAAACAAAAAUAGUAAGUUAUAAUAAAUUGAGAAAAUCAAAAAUUAAAUCGAGCAGGUAAUAGAAUUUGAAUUUUUCCAAAACCAUGGCGAAGACACUAGCAAAAGCAGUAAUAACGAUACUUUCAAUAAAAAUUUGCGUCGCCCUCCUGGGAUACGAUAGCGGAGGAGCAAACACGAAUAUUACGACAUUAUCGUUAUUGGACAGAAGGGAUUGUAAUACUUCUACAGAAACGCCUAAUUCCACGGAGCUCCUCCAAUUAGCAAACUAUGAACGUACACAUGUGUAUCAACGUAGUGUGGAACUGGACCCCAAAAUAUGUUAUUAUAGAAUAACAUCACAUGUGUCCGUCGUUCAAAUUGUAAAAAGAAUAUAGACUGUUAGACACGAUUUCGGAAGCCACGUUCAAAACACAGAAAUUUUAACGAUAACUCCUAUGAUUCAGAUAUCGGGUUUAAAUCCAAUACUACCGAAUAUCGAAGCAUUACAGUAGCUGGAUCAGUAUCAACGAAUAGCCGUUGCACCGGAACGCAAUACACCGACCCACAUAGCACAUGAGAUAACGUAGUAGUGCAAGCGUCAGUAAAAGAUCAACCUUGAAGAAUAUUCUGCCACGGUGAAGAUAAAUGACAACAGUGUGAUUCUUCUUAAAGGAACCAUACUAUAAUGUGGUUUUACAAAUGGCACUUGUAUUACAGAUGAGAAAGGUAAUGCUUACUGGACAACACAUUCCGACACAACUUAUAAUUUGCAACGAGCUAUACGAGGGAUUAGCAACCAAAUCAACAGCUUCAAAUCAGAUAAAAAACAUUCGCCGACAUUUAUAUGCUCACGGCUCACGAUGUCACCUUCGCUUUGGAAAGAAGAGUGGAAUAUCACUUGUGCGAAUACACCUUAUUUAAAAAGCGAACAUCCAAAGUUAUUUAUUUUAAAAACACGCAAGGGCCGAGGCCUUGAUCUGUUCGCUUAUGUGAACUCAAAAGUGUUUAUCUUGAAAAACAUAUGAGAAAUUAAAUGAGCUCAUUGUACAGUGACAUUAUUAAGCAAAAAUACGAGUUAGAAAAGUAAGUAUUAAAGAAAGGUGUGCAAGUUGACGAGCCGUUGUGCUAUCAUUCAGGAAACGUUGAAUCAUUAAGUAUGUCAACAAAUUAGAUAACAAAUUAAUUAAGAAAUCAAUUUUUAA